GAGGCUCCGGCAGAGACCCGCCCGCUCGCUCCAGCCAACAACAACAACAUCAUCAUCAUCAUCACCAGCCACAAACAUGGCUGAGGGCUAUCUCUGCUCAUCCUCGUUCACCGUGGCGGCGGUACCGGGCGGGAUCUAAUCUCCGCUCACAGCCUGUCUCCGUCUCUCACACACAGCCUGGUGCCCGGGGCUGGGAGGGAGGACAGCGAUGGAAAGCAGCGCCGGCGAUAACAGCCCUUCCCUCAUCGGUAGCGCCGGCUCCAACUCCUGGAUGCGAACGUGGGACAACAACAGCUCUCUCUCGGCACUGAACACCGGGAGUGGUUCGGAGAUAGAUGCCGGGGAUGAAGAUAAAGAGAUUGCAUCGAAAGCUGUGGCACUUGUUAUCAGAAGUUCUCGAAAGGGUGUCGUCCCACUCUGUGCUGACGUAGCUAACCUUUUGAAGAUCAAGUGGAGAUUAGAACGGACCAUGAAAGCUCAGCAACUGGAGAUCCAUCGCUUGCUCAGCAUGUCACAGGCACACUGCAGUCAGUCCUCGGCCAGCACUCAGACUAACUCCAGUGGCCCUGGUAGCCCAGUCCCUUCUUCAAGUGACCAGUCUGCCUCGCAGACAACUGAACCGAUAAGGUGCGAGGAGCGACAGCAGUUUGUGAUCCAAGUAUCUCCCAGAGAAUCUCCCCGUCAAUCAGCCCAGGAGGCAGUGGUCCAACGUGUCUCCGCACCUCAGAAUGUGGAGUCAGUACAGAAGCCAGUCCAUGGACAUGAGUUCACGGUGUCACGGGAGGUCCAAGUGGAAUGCCCCAAACUCCUUAUGCAGAAGAGGUGCGAAGAGGAGCUCAUGGAAACAUUGCUGUUAAAUUCCAGGCUGACGGAAGGUUUGGGGCACGCUUGGAAUCAGAUUGAACAACUAAGCGACCGUCUCAGACAAACUGAGAGGCAAGAACCACAGGAGAUUCUGUCCAUGGAAAAUGUAUACCAUGGACAAGACACUAGGAGCACAGCAGACGGUAAGGCACGAGACAGAGAACAAAUCCCCACAGCUUGCCGAUGUGGCAGUCAAGACACGGUGCUAACCAGUUACAGAGAAGAAGGACACGUUAGACAGCAGACAAAUAGAACAGACGAGGGGAGGUCAAGGAAACACUUGGUCAGUUGUACACUCCCAACAAAGAAGGGACAGUUACAAUCUGCAUCCCAUGAAGACACACCAAAGGCAAGAAGCCCUGAUUUUCUGGUCGAUGCCACUCUAAGUUGCUCCAUCUUCCCUUUUCCUCUGGUCGGCUGCCAGUGCUCCAGCUGCAGCUCCUUCUUUAGCAAUUACAAACUGACGAAUGGGCGCAAUGGCCAUGAGAGAGACAAAAUCAAAACGUUGCUGUACUUGCAGAGGCAGAAACUUCCCAUUAACAUAAACGACUACGUGAUUGUAAAUGGCAACAAGUCAGGCACUGCUCGUUAUGUUGGGCAUUUGGAUGGUUCAGGAAUGGCCAAUGCUGUUUUUGUAGGAGUUGAGCUCGACGAACCAAGUGGACAACAUGAUGGUACUUUCAGAGGGAAGCGGUAUUUCCAGUGUUAUGAGAACUUUGCCAUUUUUGUUCCAGUCCAUGAGAUAUUUUAUGUCAUAAGUAAAAAGCCAAAGAAAUCCAUUUCACCUUCAACGACACACUCAGGGCAGCACUGCCAUUCCCUUGGAUCGCUGUCCAGUAAUCCCAGGGCUAGAGGGGAGCACAGUCAUCAAGCUAACUCCAGGAAAAAGAAGCAGCACAUGCCCAAGAACCUCUAUUCAAAUAAGAGAGGUCUGAGAAAGUCAGGAGCAUCUACCUCCUCGGGGACAUCCGUUAUGAGUGUGAACCUCCCUCAAGAAGAAUGCAGUGACAGUAAUGAGAGGACAGCGAAGGUAGCGGUCUCCUCCCUGCAGCCAAAACUUAGCAACCGGACUUCCACUAUCACUGCGAGUCUACCUCUAGACAUUCCCCAGUAUCGAUUGGUUCAUGCAUCAACCACAACAAGCCCCAGGAAAGUUUCCAGCAGAUGCUGAUGAUGCAGAACUGACAAUAUCACCAGGAAAGAGCAAUGAGACUUAAGGGAAGGAUGUUUUCCUCAAACAGAAGAUUCUUGGAAUCAUGGUUUGUCCGCAGCAAAUUGUUCACCGUGCUUAGUGAGCAGCAGCAAAAUCAACACUUUGCAGACAUUGAAUUUGCUGGUUGAUCGGGAGCUUUGCCAGUAACAUUAGUGAACCUGCACCGACUGCUGUAAGCCAGAACUGGGUAGCUCUGAUAGCCACACUGUCAACUUACUGGAGCAUUUAAUACUGUUACUUCAAACCUGUACUAAAUAAAACCUGCACUGUAAGCAGAUGGAACUCCUGCAGAAACUGAUACUGAGGCAGUGCUGACCUACAUUAAAGCCACAUUCAUCACUUUCUCAAACUCUGCUCUUCAUUGUACAGAAGUGGCCAUAAACACAGAAUCAAUCAGUUACAUCUGACUCUAUAAACAGUAAAUAUGCCUGGCCAUUUUGGGCUCUCUGUCCAGUUUCCCCAGUCGCAAUGCAACUUCCUGCUCCCGAAUUAUGGAUAUACAGUGUGGUCAAUAAAGCAAUUCAGUAUUGCUGGUCAUUCUUUGAACUACUCUUACAUUCCUAAAUAAUUUAUUACUCUCAACUGAGAUAAGGAGUUGCUUUAAAGCUCAGGAGAAUUGAGAAUCUUUGGAAUUCUGUACUCUAAUAAAAAGGCCUUUGAACAACUGAUGCGUCCAUCCAAGAUUGAGGUCAAUAGAUUUUUGAACACUAAGGGAAUUAAGGAGGCAGGGUAAGAAAGUAAAGUUGAAGGAGCAAAUCAACCUUAACCUUAUUGAAUGAUGGAAAAAGCCCAAAGGAUCAUUUGGCCCACUCUUGUGUUAAUGUUUUUUAACUUUCAGUGUAGCAUGCAAGAGAUUGAUGUUAUAGUGUGCCAGUCUCCAUAGACGGGGGGGGGAACAGUUUAGAGCCAGGAAUACGGUAGAAUCAGAGGACCUGGCCUGACAAUGAAACAAGCCGAUAUCUGUGCAACAGAGUAGGUCUGAUUUUCUGAGGAGUUGCACUGUCACACAGAUUGUGUUAAAAAUAGGAAUGGAGAGACAAUGGAAAAGCUCCAUGUUUCUGACAGGAGAUUCUGAUCAGGGCUCUGCAGGUAGUGCAGCACCCAUCAGGGGAAGGCAAACCAAAGCCCCCUUUUUUUCAUAGCAGUCUGCUGCUGUAUUUUGAAGUGUAAAGGUCCAGAAUUGCAGACUACCACUUCGACAGCUAUUAGCGCGUAAAGCAAGUGUAAGGUUAGGGUGCCAGGGUGAUAAGGUAAGGGAUGGCAUGUGCAUGUGCAGGAUAGUUCAGGGUGAAUGGGAGAUAUUGGGUUCCAGGGUGGGUGUUGAAAUGAUGUCUGGCACAGUGAGUGUAUGUCAGGUUAGAGGCUGGAGAUUAUGUAGUUUGGGGGUGGUGGGGUGGGGGAAGAGAAAGAGUAGAAGAAGGGAAGUCAGGUAGUUAACUACAUUGAGGAUAGUUACUCAGGAAUUAAACAAGAUAUUGAAUAGUCUAAUUUUUUUCUGAGUAACUGUUAAAUACGUUGGAACCUAGUGAAUCCUCUGCUUUAAAUGGCUACUUUCGGGGAGUCAGGUGUAGGGGAAUACACAAUGGAAUCUUCAAUUUGCAGCAAAUUCCUUUGGGAGCUACAGCAAUCGGGAUUCCACAAAGUCCCCAACUAUAAGUUCCACCUAAGCUAUAGAAACACAUCUGGCCAGAAAAAUCUAUCCAGUUGAGGUUAAAGUCAAGUCUUUACAUGUAAUUUACACCAAAAAAACCAAUUAAUUUUAUUAUACAGGUAUCUACAGCACAGAAGGCAAAUAUUUGGCUUGCCUGCAGUGUGCUGUACAAGAACCCAAUAUAAAGAUACACUGCUGCAUAUGGGAAACAAUUUCUUGCAAUAUUAAAAUUUGUCAUGAGAUGGUUUGGUUUGAGACAAUGUUCUUGGUCAUCUAGGUGCCCAGUGUGAAAAUUGUAGGUAACAAGCAGACGGAAUGCAGCGUAGGAACCCUAAUUAGUUUACAGGCCAUGACCAAUCAGCAUUUAAUGCCUGCAUGUUUCUACCAAAUGCUACAAUAUGGAAGCUCCAGGAAUGAAGAACCUGUUGACCAUACCUCACAGCAUCAGAGACAGAAUCAACAGUUUCUGGAAUGUACGGUCUGGAGCCACAUCACUCAAGGAAGCGGCGUGAGACAGUUCAAGACUCAAUACUCUAGAGCAUGGAGAUGGAAGACCUUUAAUCUGAUUAAAUGAGACAGAUAUAAUAAUAAAGAAUUAAAAAUAAAAGAUGGUGCUGAAGACAAACGAAAUGACUGCAAUAAUAUGAUGGGUAUAACAGUCACAUGCCAAGGGUCUAACCAAAGUAAUAAGUAAUCCAAAACUGGACUAAAGUAAACAGAUAAUAAUGUAUCAAGGUGAUGGUGUCAAAACAGGACAGUAAGGAUGAUUUUCCAGAUACGGAAGUGUGGAGUGUUCAAAUAGCGCGACAUGAAACCCAAGAUCACACUUGCAGCAGUCUUCAUGAGUAUGGAAUUUGGUUAUCAGUUUCUGCUUGGUGAUUCUGCAUUGUUGGAGUAUCUCGAAGACCACCUUGGAGAAUGAUUACCCAAAGAUCAAAAGCUCAAUGCGCUUGACCGCUGAAGUUUUCCCCUGACUGGGAGGGAACUUUCCUGUCUAGCAAUUGUUGCGUGAUGUCCAUUCAUCUGUUGUCAUAGUGUCUGCGUGGUUUUGCCAGUAAACCAUGCCUCAGGACAUGCUUGCCUGCAGUGUUUGAGACAGACAACAUUGGCCACAUCACAUGAGUAUUUGCCAUGUACAUGGUGGGUGGUGUUUCCAUAUGUGAUGAGCAGAAACAGAUAACCCAGUCCUAUACUCAUGAAGGCGGCCUCAAGUGAUCUUGGGUUCACAUCGCGGGUACAUGUGACCCCACCACAGAUCUGUAUCUGUAAAAAUCUUACUGUCCUGUUUUGUCACCAUCACCUGGUGAAAUUAUUAUGAUCUCGCUCUACCUUAAUUAGUUUGUACAGUUUUGGAUUCUUUGUUACUUUGCUUAGACCCUCAGCAUGCAACUCUUUCACCUCUCGUGUUAUUCCAGCCAUUUGGUUUGUCACCAGCACCACCUUAUUUCUAAAUUUUUGCAAUUAGCUCUCUGCCUCAUUUAAUCAGAUUAUAAUCAUCCCUUCACUUGUUAUUCAGCUGUUGACACUUUACUCACACCAUCUAACUCUUUCAGCUGCAGAGACUUAUUAUUUGACACUCCAAUCACACCGUUUAUAUGUUCUUUUGAUUUCUCUGCCCUUAAAUUCUGUGUCU